GAGACACACAGAGAGAGAGAGAGAGACACACACACAGAGAGAGAGAGAGAGAGCGGCCAUAGCUACAACAACAGCACCUCCUCCUGCUCUACCGCUCCCUACACACACACUCUCUCUCUCUCUCUCUCACACACACACUCUCUCUCUCACACACACACACACACACACUCUCUCUCUCUCACACACACACACUCUCUCUCUCUCUCUCUCUCUCACACAGAGCGAGCAAAGCGAAGACGGCCAGGUGCACGCGGCGAGUCCCCCCGCCAUCGAGCUCGCGCCCGCGCCACAUUUCCAUGGCGAAGGACCUUUCCGCUUCACGCGCCUGAACCCGAGAAGAAGAAGAAUGUGAAAAGCGAAGAAGAAGAAGAAGAACAGGCAGCAGAAGAAGGUUUGUUUUUAUUUUAGGAAGAAGAAGAAGCAGAAGAAGAAAAUGCCCAGGAGGAAACAGGAGCAGCCGAAGCGCCUUCCUUCGCAUGCAGAGCCAGCUGAGGAUGGGGCGCUAGCGGGCAGCUCGGUGGUGGAGGAUGGCUGGUUCGGGAAUAAUUCCGACAGCCCUUCGACGUCAUCGUACGGCGACGUGCAGGACGACCUGCGGGUGUCUCCGGAGGGUGGAGCACGGCCGGACCGCGCCACCUUGGCCGGGAGCCCGCCAGGUUGCGCUACGCCUUCUCAGCGGGCGUCACUAGAGCUGCUGGGACUCGACACGCGCGCCUUGUCAACGCAGGAUAUGUCCCUGGUGUCCUCUGUCUCGCUGUCGUCCAUGGUGUCAUCGUUGUACGGCGACUCGGCUCACAGCCUCUCCAAACCGCUAAGCAGCAACCUGCGCAGACUCUUGGAGUCCGGCUCGGUGAAGCUGGAAUCAGGAGAGCUGAUUGGGCGAGGUCUAGGUCGAGGGGCGGAGUCUCCGCCUGCAGGCCUGGCGCUGUCUCCGUCCUCUCAUCACGCCCAGCAGCUGAGCGCCCUCGCACGCAGACUCGCCAACAGCAGUAACAACGGCGUUAGCUCCGCCUCCACGUCGCCCGCCUCGGUGCCUGUGGUGAAGCAAGAGCCUGGAGACCCGUUCGGACCAACCGAGCCCGCCAGCUCGGGCAGCACUAGCUUUGUUUGGGUCGGAAUGGCGGAAAAAUGGCCGCCGUCUGGAAGCCUGUCUCCCGAUUCGGCCAUUCAGAAACUGAAAGCAGCAGCCAACGCUGUUCUCCAGGACAAGAACUCGACCUCUUCCUCUUCCUCUUCAUCCUCCUCUUCGGUCACCUCCUCCUCUUCUUCUUCGUCCUCCUCUUCCUCGUCGGUGCCGCCACUCGGAGGGCGCUCGGACGACUCGGUGCGCUUCGACUCCUUCGCAUCGCCUUUUAGCUCGCAGUCUGCCAGUUCCACGCUCGCCGCACUCUCCAAGAAAGUGUCAGAGCGAAGCCAGCAGCAGCAGCAGCCCUCAGCCGCCCCCUUUCUCUCUCUCGUCUCCAUGACCUCAUCAGCAGCGCUGCUAAAAGAAGUGGCGGCUCGAGCCGCCGGCAACAUCCUGGCUGAUAAAAAAGAGCCACAGCUGGCGACGGCCAACACCGAGGACUCGAAACCGCAGCUAGACAGGAACCACAAGGCCCCGACGCCCAACCAGAGCAUCGAGCUUCUGCUCCCCGCUGCCCCCAAGGGACGUGCCAAGCCCAGCAGCCAAGCAGGUUCACCAGAGGACAGCGGGAAGCCCUUCCAGUGUCCCGUGUGCGGCCUGGUCAUCAAACGCAAGAGCUACUGGAAGAGACACAUGGUGAUUCACACGGGUUUGAAAAGCCACCAGUGUCCUCUGUGUCCCUUCCGCUGCGCUCGCAAAGACAAUCUCAAGUCGCACAUGAAGGUGCACCAGCACCAGGACCGGGGUGAGACAUUCCAGUGUGAGCUGUGUCCCUUCACCUCAUCGCGCCACUUCAGCUUGAAGCUGCACAUGCGCUGCCACCAGCACUUCCCCCGGACCGAGCUCAAGGUCAAAGAGGAGCCGUGCACCGACGCCGACGAGGCCGAGGCAGAGCGGACGUCGGGCACGGGCACCUCGCCGUCUCCCGCUCUGUCCCAGGCCCCGGGAGAACCCUCUUCCAAUCACACACACAUCAAAGAGGAGCCUCAGGACGUUGCUCUGACUCCACCCUUCCUGCCGGUCAGAGAGCGACCGGGCAGCAGCAGCAGCUCCCUGGAUCUGCCCCGGAUCAGCGCCAGUCCACCCGGUCCGGGCACGGCCACCCCGGCCGCCUCGCUCUUCAGCCCCGACAUCAGCACCAAGACGGCCACCGACCUCCUCAUGAAGCUUUCCGCGGCGAACCAGCAGGAGGCGCUGAAGAGCGGGUUCUGCGUGAAGGAGGAGCCCAAGGCGGAGGAGGCGUCGAGUCCGCCGAGAUGUCCACCGUUCAGCCUGGGACACGACGCCCCCGCGGUGCCCAGCAGGCCACGCCAAGAGGGCAGCAUCCUCAGCCAGGAUAUCAAUGUCAAGGUGGCGUCCGAACUGCUCAUGAAACUCUCAGAGAACAGCAAAGACACCUGUCUCCAGAAAGUGACGGUAAAGGCGGAGCCCAUGGAGGUGGACCCACCCUCGGAAGUGGCUCCGCCUCCUUCUCACCUGCUAGGCUUCAGCACUUUAGGGGCAUGCGAGAAGAAGGAGCCAAUGGCUGGCCUUCCGGAGCCUCUGCCCCGCCCCAACAAAGACCUCUUCUCCCAGGACAUAUCGGUCAAAAUGGCCUCCGAGCUGCUCUUCAAACUGUCUGAAAAAGUAAGCAAAGCUAACGAAAAUAAAGACAGCACGUCGUUCGGCAUGACCAGCCCUUUUCUGGACGACCGCUUUAGACAAUCGCCCUUCAGCACGCGCUCCAAGAGCUCCUCCCCAGCCGAGGCCAGCUCCUCCACCCGAGCCUCCCAACAGCAAGAUCCGGAGAAACCGCUGUGUGAGACGGCCAACGGCCUGCCGCAGUGGAGACUCAACGAGCAGCUCUUCCCCUGUCCCGUGUGUGGCAAAGUGUUCGGCCGCCAGCAGACUCUCUCCAGACACCUUUCCUUACACACAGAAGAGAGGAAGUACAAGUGUCACCUGUGUCCGUACGCAGCGAAGUGCCGUGCCAACCUGAAUCAACACCUCACCAUCCACUCGGUCAAGCUGGUAAGCACGGACACCGAGCACCUCGUCAACUCCGUCACCAGCGAAGGAGGAGAACGCAAAAACUGCCCCUACUACUACAGCUGUCGAGUGUGUGGUUUCCAGACGGAGCUGAACGCACAGUUUGUGAGCCACAUGUCUCUGCACGUGGAUAAGGAGCAGUGGAUGUUCUCACUGUGCUGUAACUCGUGCGAGUACGUGGGAGUGGACGAGGCCGAGAUGAAGGCUCACAUCAACGCCGAGCACACAGGCCUGAAUUCCAGGAGUCCCCUGAGUGAGAGUAAAAGCACAUCGUCAUCUCUCUCGGCUCUCAGCGAUUCCCUGAACAGCUCUGAGAGCGGAGACGUUACCCAGGGAAGCGAGGAACUCAAAAGUCUCUUGGCCCCGCCCUCAUCUGCCAGCAGCCAAUCAAGCUUGGUGUCAGGAACGGAAGAGAAAUCAGAAAAAGGCUUUGAAUGUGUGUUCUGCAACUUUGUGUGUAAGACGCGGGCCAUGUACGAGCGGCACCUGCAGAUCCACCUGAUCGCGCGCAUGUUCGAGUGCGAUGUCUGCCACAAGUUCAUGAAGACUCCCGAGCAGCUCCUCGAGCACAAGAAGUGCCAUACGGUCCCCGCUGGAGGGCUCAAGUGCCCUCUGUGCAUGUACUCCACCAGCAGGGCGGCGGCCAUGGAGUGCCACCUGAAGACGCACUACAAGACGGAGCACCGCUGCCGCAUCUGCCAGGCGGCGUGGGCGAGCCGGGCCGAGCUGGAGCGGCACGCGCGCGCCCACCGUCUGGGCAACCACUACCGCUGUGAGCAGUGUGGCUACCUGGCAAAGACGGCCAACAAGCUGAUAGAGCACGGGCGCGUGCACACGGGCGAGCGCCCCUUCCACUGCGACCGCUGCAGCUACAGCUGCAAGCGCAAGGACAACCUUAACCUGCACAAGCGGCUCAAGCACGCACCACGCCACGCACUCGGCUGCGCCCGCUGUCCCUUCACAACCACGCACCCGUUCGUCUACAACCGCCACGUCCGCAAGCACCAGGCCGGGGAGGGCAGUACCCAGGAGGAGGCCCAGGCUUUCACGCCACGCCCACUCAGCGCCGACGCCAUCGAGCCCCUUUUCCUGCCCGACGGUAGCAGCAGCCCGCUCGUGAGCCUGAGCGCCUCGCAGGCCUUGCAAUCGGUCGCCUUGUCCGUUUCAGGCAUGCUGCCUGCCACCGCGCCCUCCCCGCACUACCUCUGUGCCAACGGAGCUUCUCCGACAUCAUCGCCCACGCUGGCGGCUCACUAUUUCGAGCAGUACAGGACAUCGGACCCGACUCAUCUCAUCCCCCUCACCACACUCUUCAGCGCUCGCCGCCGUUUCACAUUCCAUAGCCACGCCCCCUCACGCUCCUCUCCACCUUUCUUCAGACUCUGGCCCCGCCCAUCCUCACAGACCUCACCCUUGCACACGUCCCCCAAACACUCCUUCCUGGCGUAUCUGGGACUGACGGAAAGAGCGAAAACCGUCUGAGCUGCCCAUCUCUCAUCGUCUGAGCUACCUACCUCUACAUUUUUUUUUUCCUUUCUUUCUUUGUCAUCCUUCCUUCCUUCCUUCCUUUCUUUCACUCACCCCGGCAGCAUCCACACAGCGGCUCGGAGUGACCAGUUCUGUCCGUCGGCAUCAGGAGAACACCGCUCCUGAGGAACCGAAAUGUACACACAGUGUUUAUCAAAGGAAAAAAGGCUGUACGUACUCAAUACAUUUAUAUCAAAAGCUGCUUUUCUUUAUCUUUAUUAAUCUAAUUAUUACGCUUCUUUUUGUCUUUUUUUCUUUUCUGCAGAUUUUCAAUGACCAUGAAACAGAUAGUAGUGAUUGCUUUCCAUAGGAUUUUUUUUUUUUUCCUUCUAUGAGGAGGUCAAAAGAAAAACAAAAGAAGAUGCAAAUGUCUAAACGCUCAACUUUUUUUUUUUUUUUUUUUUUGUGCGUUAGUAUGUCUUUUUGCCAAGCAUCACAAGGUAGCAUGCUCGCCUAUGUGCUACGAUUGUUUUAUGUCAUUUAGGGACUCAAUACAAAAUAUCCCAGGGCGUUUGCAGCACGACAAAAAAAAAAAAAAAAAAAAAAGAGGGAAAAAAAGAAAAAACGACACGAAUUGCUUUCUUUCAAGUCUCGUUUUGAAAGCGACGCCUCAAACCAUGCACUUGAUUAUUUAUCGAACUGUAUAUAGUUUUUGUAGCCAUCAACUCCAUCUCCAUCACCCCACAAUGCGUAUUGACGUCAAAAUGGGUUUCAGGAUUGGUGACGCCAUUCCUGAAACAUUGAUCUCGGCUCAUAAGCUCAAGGCGAUUUACCAGUCAUGCACAGCUGAUGGCAGAACAGUUUCCGUUUUUGUUUGUUUGUUUGUUGUUUUUUGUUUGUUUUCUUCUUAAGACAAGCCAUUCAGGGUGUACCAGUGGGAGCUUCGUGUGUAGAAGCAGUUCGUCCAAGAUCCAGCCCUGAAAACCACAGCUCUUGCCAUUACUACACGUUGCCACAGACUGUGCCAAAAGCUAACCAAGCACGAAAGAUGAGACGAGGGACGAGUGACCAGACGAGCCCUGUGCAUAGCUCUCGCACUGUAACACGCACCUAUACAUUUACGAAGAUAUCCGAGGUGACCGCUUGCCGGGGGAGAAAAUCCCACGCGUCGCGUCACGUCACGUCACGCAAGGCCGAUUCAAUGGUGCUUUCUGGAGCUUUUUGUGAUAUAUUUUUUUAAAUCGUUUCUUUUUUUUUUUCCUUGUUUGUUCAUUUUUUUGUGUAAAGAAAAGGAGAAGCUGUUCCAAAAUGACUUGAAUGAAUGUACUUUUCGUUGGUUCACGUUAAAGCGAUACAGAGGUAGAAAGACGCAAGAUAUGAAAAAUAGUGGUAUAUCGGUUUUGGUGGCCUUCUGUGUCUUAACAUUUCUGGUUGCUUUUGGUUUUUUUUUUUAUUUACUACCAUUUAAAAAAAAAAAAAAAAUGAGCCUUUAAAAUGUAAAAUAUAUAACUAUAUAUCCUGUACUAACAAGCUAUUAUGAAGAUCUCAUUGGAUAAUGGCUCUUAAGUGCAAUGUAAAGGCAGCCGUGAUUUUUAAGGAGGAUUCGCAGAAGAACGGCUUUCUCUAAAGCGGGCAAACAUGGUACUAGUAUCCUGUGUUCCCCUUUCCAUUUCCUCCCCCCUCCCCAUGUUAAAUUGCACUUACCACGUUGAUAUAUUUCAAACAAAAGCACUUAAGCCCAAUAACAAAUUCCCUUUGAUGCCACUUCCACCACCCUUGUCAGACCACAGCGUUGGCGUUUAUACAAUGUCUCACCCUCACUUGGUUUCUGCCUUACAGGUUGGGAAAAGAAAUGGAAUAUAAAGCUCUUAUUCUCAGAUGUUGCCCGUGUCGGACAGCUCUGUUAGACUGAAUCACGCAUUAGAAAUGAAUAUAGUAGAUUUUCACCUGGCCACCGAAGGACCAGGCUAAAUUCGUCAACGCCAGUUUUGCACUGUGCUGUAAAAUUGCACUUUUUCCAAAUAAAUUGGUGGCUUAUAAGGGAAAGAAAAACUGAAACUAGAAUCAGAAAUUAGGAAGAAACGCUUCGGUUGAUGAUGAUGAUGAUGAUGAUAAGCUCUUAAAUGAGGUUUGGGAAAUGCUCAAAAGUAACGCUCCACUGUGUUUAGAGCUCAGAUCUGCAAUAUUUAAGGAGUUAUUCCACGAAAUCGGGUCGUACAGGAGCUGAUAGCCGACGAGGCGCGUAGCACCGAGUCGGCUGUAAGCAGCGUAUGGCGAGAUUGAGUGGAAUAACUCUUUUAUUCUAUCCACAUUCACUGGAUUUUGAGAAACGGAGCAUUUUUAUUUUUUGCAAAUUCGAUAAAUAAAAACUUUUUUAAAAAAUCCGACAAAAUAAUUUGCACUUAGAAACAAACCGGCACAAUGACGGGAGCAAUUUGUGAAAAAUGCAAUAAUAAUAAUUCUUGAAAAAUAAAGAUAAGUUCUUACUAUCAAAUACUUUUAUUCCAUAUUUUCAAGUCAAGUUUUUAUUUCAUCCUCGGUUGGUUCAGCAACACGCACCGCCAUUUUCUUCUUCUUUAGGGUUUUUGGUGGUUUGGUGCCACCGACUGGAUUGGAGUGUGGAACAGGAGAUAUUUGCAUGGGGGCACCUAUAUUCUUUUUGCUGCAACUGUUAAAUACUUGAUAAAGUGAUAUAUCGGACUUGAUGCGCUCCGCCAUUUUGUUUUUCUCUACUCGCGGUAUAUGAGCUGAUAUCCUAGUAGUCGAGUUAGCCAGUCAAGGUGUGCGAUUGCUCAUAUCCAGUGAAUGUGGAUAGAAUAAACACGUUUAUUAUAUUAUAAAAUUACUCGUCAGAUUGAGAUGUAUAUCUUAAUUAACCGACUUCUUUUUUUUUUUCCAACAAUCAAUGAAUUAUCCCACAUUUUAUUGAAAAACCGUGCCAACAAACCGAUUUAUUUCUACUUCCAGUAAUACAUUUAUAAAUGUAUUAACACUACCAAGUCACAAAUUCGAUGAUCCACGCCUGAUACGGAGCCACGAUUUCUGUCGCAAACAUCAUUUCAUUUGAGAUUUUUAUUUAUUUUUUUUCCAAUUCUGUGCUGUAAAGCAACAAAUCCAAACCGUUGCCUUGAAUCAUCCUCAAACAAAAGUUCCCCAUUCGGAACUGUAAUUCCCGUUCCACUUGGACGCAAAAACUCGUAACCGUGGUUAAAUGUGUCUACAAACUCACCGGCCACUUUAAUAGGAACGUGUUCUUGAGUCUAAAAUCCCUGUUCUUAGCUGCAGGACUGGAACACAGUGUGAUCAGCUGCUGUUGAAUGCUGAGAUGCUUUUCUGCUCACUAUGGUUGUAAAGAGUUGCUGCGAGUUACUAUCUUCUUCCUGACCAAAAAAAAAAAAAACUCGAACUAAUCUGUCCAUUUUCCUCCGAGCUGUCUUAUCAACAAGGAGUUUGUUUUUUCCACCCGCUCACUGACUCAACUCAGUGGGUUUUUUUUUGUUUGUUUUUCGCACCAUUCUGUCUGCGUAAACUCUACAGACUGUUUGUGUGCGAAAACCCCAGGAGAUCAGCAGGUACUGAAAAACUCGAACCAGCCCAUUUGGCUCAAACCAACACCCAUGUGACCGUGAAAGAAAGUCACACUUGGUUUAAGAUCACGGUUUUUCCUGUCAAGGGGAUUGGCUGAUUAGAUAACGGCAUAAAACAGCAGAUGGAUGGUUGUACUUAAUAAAGUGGCCGGCGAGCGUACAUAUUACAGCAAAAAAUAAACGUCUUGCCGCCCGCGAGUGCGAACACGUGUUGCAAGUCUGUAUAUUCAACUCGCAGCAAAACGAGUAAUUAGUAUUCGCCGUAAUGCCAGAUGUAAUAGUCAGUUCUGCGUGAACGUCUUUGCGAACCCCAAGUUCACAUGCAGAUGAAGGGACUCUUAACCCUGGAGCAUUACUCACAGAGCUGACCUUCGCCUCAUCCCUCCAUCACUGGCUCCCUAAUUAAGCUCCGUCUUCUUUGUCUUUGGAGAAGAUGAAUCAGAACAAAGAUGUGAAUUUUUAUGACCAGGUCGCGAGUUUAUAAAUGCAGCGUCGCAUCUCGCUCGCUCUCGAGUUGGUUUGACCAACAAAGCUAGCGUUUUGUUUUGUUUUGUUUUUCCUCCCCCUUCCCUUUCAUUUUCAUCCCAUGUUGUUGACUUUUCUCCGCACACACGCCCAGCACAAUGUGCUGCAUCAAGCGGAACUCCUGGUCAUCACUGACGCUCCAGCUCGAUGCGUUCUUUUAUGCUCUAGUGCCACUUGGUGGAAAAGACGUGGCCUGGAAGGCCCAAGAAUGAGUCAGACUGAUUCUCGGGACCCGUUCAGAUCAAAUCAGUUGGAUAAGAUCCUAUUGGUCUCGAUACACCACGUAAUCAUUUUGUAAAAGACGAUGAUGAUGAUGAUGACGGUUGCAGCUCGGUCCUGUCCGAUUGUCCGGCCAGGAAAUGGAGGAUCGAAAUCCCUCUCUGUGCUGACACCAGUACUCAAGCACUUAUUCUUCUGUUUCUUUUGCCUAAAAGUAAAAGGGCAGUGCUUUUUUUGGUUUGUUUGUUUGUUUGUUUUAUUUAAUUUUUUUUCCCAACAUCAUUGUGCAUUACACAAGACUACCUUUAUAGCCCAACAAAAGAUGCAUGAAAUCGAUCGCUCUUUUCUAACUUGUAGCACUUAUGUUCUUUCUUCGUUAAAAAAAAAACAAACUCUGUUUGCAUUUACCUUGAUAUUUUCUUUUUCCAGCACAUUCUGUUUGCUUUGCGUUUUGUUUGUUUGUUUGUUUGUUGUAUUUUAUGACUCAAUAAGGCUCAAUGAUAAUUUUGUUUGUGUUUGUUUUUGGCACUCAGUAAAAUAUGCUGUAAAAUAAAGCUUUUUUAUUACUUCAUUCCUAAGGCUGUACAGGGUUGUUUGUGACAGUAACUGGUAAUUAGACCAUUUGUACCUUUUUUUUUUUUUGUAUUUUUUUUCCCUUCAGUUUGGCAUUUCUUAUGUUCAGAUUGCCAGUUCUAAAUGUAACAAGAUUUGAAAGUAAAGCCUACAUCAGAUAUUGAA